UUCCGAUAAACGGUGCCAAAUGUGAAAGUCACACAAGUUCACGUGCACCUUUAUUCCCAUUUCUUUUGAUAUGCAUGCAUAAAUUAUAGGAGCGUAAAUUAAAAUGCAAAGCAAACCUAGAACGUCACCACAUAUAUUCAAUGUUUUGAUGUUUUUGAUGAAUUCAAUAUUUUUGUUUGUCCAAAUUUUUUGAAUGGUGUUAGCCUUUUUAUUUUGGUCCUAGAAGUAACAAACAAGUGGCAAUGGCAAUUAGAUCCCUGAGAGUGAGAGAUGCUAUGGUAUACCUUGACCAUGUCCAAGCAAUAAAAUCUGGUUUGGUAUCAAGCAUUUUCACUUGUAAUCAACUCAUUCACCUUUAUUCCAACCAUGGCCUUUUACAAGAGGCCCACAAACUGUUCGAUGAAAUGCCCCAUCCAAACGUAUUCUCUUGGAAUGCCAUAAUCAUGGCUUACAUAAAAGCACACAACUUGACUCAAGCGCGAGCCCUUUUUGACUCUGCCUCUCACAGAGAUUUGGUUUCUUAUAAUUCCCUGUUGUCUGCUUAUGUUGGUUCAGAUGGGUACGAGACUGAGGCACUUGAUUUGUUUACUAGAAUGCAAUCUGCACGUGACACAAUUGGGAUUGAUGAGAUCACUCUCACAAACAUGCUUAACCUUGCUGCCAAACUACGUGUGCUGUGUUAUGGAAAACAGAUGCAUUCGUAUAUGGUGAAAACUGCAAAUGAUUUAAGUAAGUUUGCUUUGAGUUCUCUCAUAGACAUGUACUCCAAAUGUGGCUGCUUUCAAGAAGCAUGCAAUUUAUUUGGCAGUUGUGAUGAGAUGGUGGACUUGGUUUCUAAGAAUGCAAUGGUUGCAGCUUGUUGUAGGGAAGGAAAGAUGGACAUGGCCUUAAAUGUAUUUUGGAAAAAUCCUGAAUUAAAGGAUACUGUAUCUUGGAACACAUUGAUUGCAGGAUACUCCCAGAAUGGCUAUAUGGAGAAAUCACUUACCUUUUUUGUUGAGAUGAUUGAAAAUGGUAUUGAUUUCAACGAACACACUUUAGCAAGUGUUUUGAAUGCCUGCUCUGCUCUAAAAUGUUCAAAACUUGGCAAGUCUGUCCAUGCUUGGGUGUUAAAAAAGGGUUAUAGUUCAAAUCAAUUUAUUAGCAGUGGCGUUGUUGACUUCUACUCUAAGUGCGGGAAUAUAAGAUAUGCAGAGUUAGUCUAUGCAAAAAUUGGGAUUAAAAGUCCAUUUGCAGUUGCGUCGUUGAUUGCAGCCUACUCAUCUCAGGGUAACAUGACAGAAGCCCAAAGGCUUUUUGAUUCACUGUUGGAAAGAAACUCUGUUGUAUGGACAGCUCUAUGUUCUGGCUAUGUCAAAUCACAACAAUGUGAAGCAGUCUUCAAACUUUUCAGAGAGUUUAGAACUAAAGAAGCACUAGUUCCUGAUGCAAUGAUCAUUGUCAGUAUUCUUGGUGCCUGUGCAAUACAGGCUGACCUUAGUUUGGGAAAGCAAAUUCAUGCUUACAUCUUGAGAAUGAGAUUUAAGGUGGAUAAGAAAUUACUGAGUUCUUUGGUUGAUAUGUACUCAAAAUGUGGGAAUGUUGCAUAUGCCGAGAAACUCUUCAGACUAGUUACUGAUAGUGAUAGAGAUGCAAUCUUAUAUAAUGUCAUAAUAGCUGGUUAUGCUCAUCAUGGUUUUGAAAAUAAAGCAAUUGAGCUUUUUCAGGAAAUGUUGAAUAAAAGUGUCAAGCCCGACGCAGUCACUUUUGUUGCACUUCUAUCAGCUUGUCGACACCGUGGAUUAGUAGAACUAGGAGAGCAAUUUUUUAUGUCCAUGGAACAUUACAACGUAUUGCCUGAGAUUUACCACUAUGCAUGUAUGGUGGAUAUGUAUGGAAGGGCUAAUCAACUAGAAAAGGCAGUAGAGUUCAUGAGGAAGAUUCCCAUAAAGAUAGAUGCUACAAUCUGGGGAGCAUUUCUUAACGCUUGUCAGAUGAGCAGCGAUGCAGCACUUGUCAAACAGGCAGAAGAGGAACUAUUGAAAGUUGAGGCAGAUAAUGGGUCCAGAUAUGUGCAGUUGGCCAAUGCGUAUGCUGCCAAAGGGAAAUGGGAUGAGAUGGGAAGAAUAAGAAAGAAAAUGAGAGGACACGAGGCUAAGAAGCUUGCUGGUUGCAGUUGGAUAUAUGUGGAAAAUGGCAUUCAUGUAUUUACUUCUGGUGAUAGAUCCCAUUCAAAAGCAGAAGCAGUAUAUUCAACUCUGACAUGCUUGAAUGGGAAACUGUAUUUAUCUUUCAAAGAACAGAAGCAACUUUAUGAAAUUCAAAGUGAUGUUGAUUGUUGAGGAUAUAUUUUGAUGGUUAACUAGCCAAUGCCACUAAAAGUGGAUCCUCUGCCAUAUAGGGAUCAUAAGACCACCAUCCAAUGCAACAUGCUUAUAGAUACUAUCAUAGGCAGACCUAUGUAGGAUUGAGAGGGUGCAAAUGCACCCACUAUGAGAAAAAUACAUGUAUAUACCCCAAUUUUUCAGCCAUUGUCAAAUUUUGUUUUUCAUUGGAUAGUUUCUUUC